ACUCGCCAUCCUGCAUGUUGCUCUGGACGGUUCCGAGCUGAGCUGAGCCGAGCUGAGCUGAGCGGACUUGUUGGGCUCCGUGCGUCAUGCAGGAGGAACCAGAGGGUUGGUUGGAUGUGUUCACAGAGCAGCCCGAGCAUUACAUCCGGUAUCAUCCUUGCAAACUCUGAUUUAUCCAACUUCUCUGGUUGAACCUACCUGCUGUCGGAAGGGAGAAGAAGCGAGAGGAGUUGAAAUGGAGCCCAAAAGGAAGUUGAUCAACUCGGCCGACAGCUGUGUGGACGAGGCUCUCUGCGGCCUUGUGCGGGCCUGCGGGGGCCUCUCUCUGCUGAAGGGCCACAGGGUGGUGCUCCGCUCCGACCUGCACAACCUGAGGGGUAAAGUGGCCCUGCUGUCAGGAGGGGGGUCGGGACACGAGCCCGCACACGGCGGUUAUCUCGGUGCAGGUAUGCUGUCAGCGGCUGUAGCAGGUGGAGUAUUCGCGUCUCCACCUCCUGCCAGCAUCCUGGCUGCCAUCCUCUGCUUGCACAAUGCAGGGGCGUGCGGAGUCCUUCUUAUCGUGAAGAACUACACCGGCGACCGCCUCAACUUUGGAUUGGCUGCAGAGCAGGCCCGUAACCACGGCGUCGCUGUUGACAUGGUGAUAGUCGCGGAGGACUGCGCCUUUGACCAACCCAGUAAAGCUGGCAGGAGAGGCUUGUGUGGCACCGUCUUCAUACACAAGCUGGCAGGUGCUUUAGCAGAAGAAGGCUGCUCAUUGGUCCAGAUUGUCUCCAAGGUGACAAAGGCUUUGAAGGGGAUCGGUACACUGGGUGUGAGUCUGUCUCCGUGCAGCGUUCCAGGCUGCCUGCCUUCUUUUGACCUGCCGCCAGGAGACAUGGAGCUGGGACUAGGGAUCCACGGUGAACCUGGAAUCAAAAGGUCAAAGGUGGCAUCCGCAGAUGAGGUGGUGAAGACGGUGAUAGAUCACAUGACCAACCCUGACAGCCAAUCACAUCUGCCUCUGAAGUCAGGAGACGGUGUGGUUGUGUGUGUGAACAACCUGGGAGCUCUGUCUUGUCUGGAGAUGGCUGUGGUGACCCGGGCGGCCAUCAUCUGUCUGGAGAGUCGCGGAGUGGUGGUCGCCAGGGUGAUGUCGGGGUCGUUCAUGACAUCACUGGAGAUGGCGGGAGUGUCUCUGACCCUGAUGAGGGCCGACCAGGAAACACUGAGACUGUUUGAUGCUAAGACCAGCGCCGCCGCAUGGCCAAACCUCAGCAGUGCGUGUGUGAGCGGACGCAGCUACAUCACAGAAGCUCAAGAUGUGAGCACACGACCACCGGAGGAAACACACUCUGAAGGGCCGCAGAGUCCUGUGAUGCGUCAAGUGUUAGAGAAGGUUUGUUCCUCACUGUUGGAAAAGCAGGAAGAGCUCAACGCGCUGGACCGUGCCUCGGGGGACGGAGACUGUGGGAACACUCACGCUCAGGCUGCUCGAGCCAUUCAGGAGUGGCUCCGGGAUCAUGUGGUCCCUGGUUGCCCCGCACAACUGCUAUCAGUCCUCGCUGGAUUGGUGCAGGAGAAGAUGGGCGGGUCUUCAGGAGCGUUGUACAGUCUGUUCCUGACGGCAGCGGCCGGUCAUGUGACUGAGGGGCAGAGCAACGCUGCAGCCUGGGCUACAGCAAUGCAUGCUGGGACACAGGCCAUGAAGAGGUACGGUGGUGCUGACGUUGGAGACAGAACGAUGUUGGAUGCUUUGUGUCCUGCUGUGGAUGAGCUGAUGAAGCUACAAACAGCACCACCUGGUGGCCAGAUGGCUGUACUUCAGACUGCUGUGCAGAAAGCGUCCUCGGGGGCGGAGUCGACCCGUGACCUCACAGCGAGGGCGGGGCGAGCCAGCUACAUCGCAGCUGAGCGGAUCACCCUGCCCGACCCCGGCGCCGUGGCUGUCGCCUCCAUCAUGAGAGCCGUGCUGGAGACGCUGGAAGGGCAGAAGUAAUCCAGCGAAUAGCAUCAGAGCUGAUUAUUACUGAUACUAACGAGACAGACAUCUUUGAAGUGUUUGCAAGCUAAUUUUCACACACUUCAUACAUUAAAUGAACAGAAACUGGGGAGUAAAGUCAGAAAAUUUCUCUAAAAACUGAUUGUAUGGUUUAGAAAAUGAUCAACAGCGAUGUGAAGUACACUCAAGAUUUAGUAAAUGAUCAACAGCGAUGUGAAGUACACUCAAGAUUUAGUAAAUGAUCAACAGCCAGAAGAAAAACACCGGGAUGGUCCUUUAAAUUUGAUUGACACGCUCAGAAAUAAUGACAAUCCAGUCAAAAUGUAGCAAUUAAUUAGUUUUAUUAAUGAUUAUUAGGUUUAAAUGUAGCAGGAGAGUCAUGGGUGUUAAUCCUAACAAAUAAAAUAACUAUAUAAUAAACAGUAUAAAAUAUACUAACAAAGCGUGUGUGUGUUUUACAUUCAUGUGUACUUUAUGAUAAAAUAAAUAACUAGAUUCAA